AUGUUUAAACAAAUUUUCGCUUCUGCUCUUUUUGAUGAAGUUAGGCGUAUGGAUGGACGCCAACUGAUAUACCAAGUCCUCAAUUUUGGUAUGAUAGUAUCUACAGCUCUUAUGAUUUGGAAAGGGCUAAUGGUUAUCACUGGAAGCGAAAGUCCUAUUGUUGUAGUUCUUUCCGGUUCUAUGGAACCAGCAUAUUUUAGAGGAGAUUUGUUAACAUUGUAUUAUGAUAGAAAAAAACCUAUAGAGGUUGGUGAUGUUACAGUAUUUAAAAUAGAAGGACGAGAUAUUCCUAUAGUCCAUAGAGUUAUUAAAGUUCACGGAAACAAUGUUGAUGAUCUUAAAUUUUUAACAAAAGGUGAUAACAAUCAAGUAGAUGAUCGUGGUCUAUAUCUUCCAGGACAAAAUUGGUUGAAGCAAGCAGAUGUUGUUGGACAACCUCAUGGUUAUAUCCCUUAUAUUGGUAUGAUAACAAUCAUAAUGAAUGACUAUCCACAACUAAAAUAUGCAGUACUUGGUGUACUGGGUUUAUUUGUUUUGAUUCACAGAGAAUAA